AUGGGGGCAGGAACGCAGGUCAGACUCCUGCUGUGGAAGAACUGGACCAUCCGCAGGAGGCAGAGGGUGCGUUUCUUCAUGGAGAUCAUGUGGCCUGUUAUUUUGUUCAUGGGACUGGUGUGGCUAAGAAGAGUGAACCCACUCUACCGUCAACAUGAAUGCCACUUCCCCAACAAGGCCAUGCCCUCCACAGGAGUCUUGCCAUGGAUCCAGGGAAUCUUCUGUAAUGCCAACAACCCAUGUUUCCAGUACCCCACCCGUGGUGAAUCCCCCGGCUUGGUGUCCAACUACAACAACUCCAUACUGGCUCGCUUCUAUUCGGAUGCUCAGGAGCUUCUUUUUAAUGACCCAGAGUUCUUAAAGCUUGAACGCCUCUGGAGGGAACUAUAUGCCAUGAGCAACUUCAUGGACACCUUGCGGACUCGUCCUAAACAGAUUUCAGGCCGAGGAGUGAAGGUGGAGACUAUCCUAAAAGACGAUGAAACUCUGACAUCAUACCUGCUGAGAGAUGUUCCUUUAACAGAAGAUGUGGUGUAUCAAUUAGUCAAUGCCCAAAUCAGGCCUGAACAGUUUGCCUUUGGGGUCCCAGAGUUACAUUUAAAAGACAUCGCCUGCCAAAUACACCUUCUUGAGCGAUUCCUCAUUUUCCCCAGCCGCCGAGGACUGUAUGCUGUUCGCAGCGCCAUCUGCACCCUUACCCCACAGCGGCUGCAGAUCAUCGAGGACAAAUUCUACGCCAAUGUCGACUUUUUCAAGCUCCUCCGGAUGCUUCCUAGUGUGCUGGACAAUCACUCCGAAGGCAUCAACAUUAACUUCUGGGUGCAGGUCGUCUCCUCCUCCUCGGACAAAAUGCGAGAGUUGUUCCAGAGGAAUAGUUCCAAGGAGCUCCUCCAGGUCAUGACCCCUCUCUUCCAGGAUAAUCUGUCCUUCAGACAGGUGAUGGCCGCUGCCUCCAGCCUGGUAUGCGGCUACACUGAAGGAGCUUUCUCUAGAGUCACCUCCUUUAAUUGGUAUGAGGACAACAACUACAAAGCCUUCUUGGGCAUCAGCAGCGGCAGGGCACAGGUCCACUACACAUACGAUAACAGCACCACUCCUUUCUGCAAUGAUCUGAUGAGAGACCUGGAGUCCCACCCUGCCACCAGGAUUGUGUGGAACUCCGUCAAACCAAUGCUGAUGGGAAAGAUCCUCUAUUCCCCGGACUCACCUGCUGUCAGACAGAUCAUACAAAAUGCAAACACUACAUUUGAGGUGCUGGCGAGGAUGAGGAUGAUGGGGAAGGCCUGGGAGGAAGUGGCUCCACAGAUCUGGGCUUUCUUCCAAGAUGGAAUCCAAAUCAAGUUGAUCCGGGAGACUAUCUACAAUCCGUCAGUGAUGGAUUUCAUUGACAGGAGUCUAGAGGAGGCGCCGUUCUCCUCCAAACACAUCCUCAACUUCCUUUACAACGGCCCACCAGAGGACCGUCCAGCUGACCUGCCUAACUUUGACUGGCGAGACAUCUUCCACCUCACAGACCGGGUCAUUCGGAUGCUCAACCAAUAUGGAGACUGUGUGGUCCUAGAUAAAUUUGAAGCUCUGCCUAACGAGGACAGCGUCACUUUUCGGGCCCUGGACCUGCUGGAGGACAGCAAGCUCUGGGCGGGUCUUGUCUUCGUAAAUAUGUUUCCCUGGACCAACCACGUCCCGCCUCAUGUAAAGUUCAAGAUCCGUAUGGAUAUUGAUGCAGUGGAGCGCACCAAUAAGGUCAAAGACAGGUAUUGGGACCCUGGCCCCAGAGCUGAUCCUAUGGAUGACCUCCGCUAUGUUUGGGGUGGCUUUGCGUACCUCCAGGACAUAAUAGAACACGGGAUCAUCAAAACACACACAGGAAAGGAGUGGCCUUUGGGUGUUUACCUACAGCAGAUGCCCUACCCUUGUUAUGUGGAUGAUCUCUUCAUGCUGACAUUGAAUCGCUGUUUUCCCAUCUUCAUGGUACUGGCCUGGGUCUACUCUGUGUCCAUGAUCGUCAAAAGUAUUGUUCUAGAGAAAGAACUCCGACUUAAAGAGUCCCUGAAGGCCAUGGGGGUCACUAACAAUGUCAUCUGGUCCACCUGGUUCAUUGACAGCUUCCUCAUAAUGGGCACCAGCACCGCUCUUCUCACCGCCAUCAUCAUGGGAGGGAGGGUAUUGAACUACAGCAACCCCUUCAUCCUCUUCCUCUUUCUGCUCACCUUCACCACGGCCACCAUCAUGCAGUGCUUCCUCCUCAGCGUCUUCUUCAACCAGGCCAACCUGGCAGCAGCCUGCUGCGGCAUCGUUUACUUCACCCUUUACCUCCCGCACAUCUUCUGCUUCGCCUGGCAGGACCGCAUCACCAAAGACAUGAAGAUCUUGGCAAGUUUGCUGUCCCAAGUGGCGUUUGGUUUUGGGACGGAGUACCUGUCGCGGUAUGAAGAGCAGGGUCUGGGUCUGCAGUGGGACAACAUCCAGACCAGUCCUCUGGAGGGGGACGAGUUCUCCUUCCUCACUUCCGUCUGCAUGAUGGCCCUGGACACUGUGCUCUAUGCUGUGCUGGCCUGGUACUUGGACAACGUCUUCCCUGGACAGUAUGGAAUAAGUCGACCUUUUUAUUUCCCCCUCCUGCCAUGUUAUUGGCUCAACACUGUGGCUCCAGCUUCAGGUAAGCUUACAACUUAUCAUGAGUUGAAUAAAAAAGGCUUUGAUAACCUGGCAAACAAAGAGCAAGGAGAGCAGCAGAAGAAACAUGAGGGGGAUAUCCAAAAUGAGGAAGGAAACCAGGAAAAAUCCAAGACUCUGGAGGAGCCGGCCUCGUGUGAACACCAGGAUCAACGUGAAAGGCUGGGGAACGAGGAGAAAGAUGGGCAGUCAUUCUUUGAGGCAGAGCCAGAUGACCUGGUGAAGGGUGUCUGUAUCAAGGACCUGGUCAAGGUUUUUGGAGGCAGCUCCAGCCCGGCUGUGGAUGGCCUCAGCCUCAGCUUCUAUGAGAGCCAGAUUACUGCCUUUCUGGGCCACAAUGGAGCUGGGAAGACAACCACUAUGUCUAUCUUGACUGGUAUGUUCCCCCCAACCUCAGGCACAGCUACCAUUUAUGGCAAAGACAUCCGCACAGACAUGGACACCAUCCGACUGUCUCUGGGAAUGUGCCCUCAACACAACAUCCUUUUUCAGCAUAUGACUGUAGCGGAGCAUAUCCUCUUCUACUCCCUGCUGAAAGGCCGACCAAUAGCAGAGGCCGAGGAGGAGGUGGAGAACAUGCUGCAGGAUCUGGGUCUACCCCACAAGAGAGAUGAAAUGAUCCAGAAUCUCUCAGGGGGCAUGCAGAGGAAGUUGUCUGUCGCGUUGGCGUUUGUUGGUGGGGCUAAGGUGGUGAUCCUGGAUGAGCCUACCUCAGGGGUGGACCCCUACUCCAGACGCUCCAUUUGGGACCUGCUGCUCAAAUACCGUGCAGGGCGCACUGUGAUUAUGUCCACUCAUCACAUGGACGAGGCCGACCUGCUGAGUGACCGGGUGGCUAUCAUCUCUCAGGGCCGCCUCUACUGCUGCGGUUCCCCCAUCUUCCUCAAGAACUGUUUCGGCGCUGGUUUCUACCUCACUCUAGUGCGACGGAUGAAACAUGACACUAAGGUCAGCUGUGACUGUACAGAAGAUUGCUCCUGCAAAUGUUCAAAAUGUUCAAAGUUUAAAGUGGAUCAGGAGGAGAGCCAGCCCACAGACAGGCAGAUGGAUGGUAACAUGGAAAUAAUCACAGCCCUGGUCCACCAUCACGUGCCUCAGGCUCGUCUGAUCGAGGCUAUUGGCCAAGAGCUGACCUACCUGCUGCCCAAUCGUGACUUCCAGCCCAGGGCCUAUGCUAGUCUCUUCAGGGAGCUGGAGGAAACCCUCGUAGACAUCGGUCUCAGCAGCUUCGGCGUGUCUGACACAUCGCUGGAAGAGAUUUUCCUAAAAGUCACUGCGGAUGGGACCAACAGGAAAUGUAUUCAAGACAAGAAAUCAUUGCAGAAGAUUUCUCGAGCUAGUCUCUGGGGAUUGAACAGAGUGGCGGUUGAUGUGGAAGCACCCAAAGAAACAGAUGGAGCUAAUGGCCAGUCCCCUUGUGACCUAGAAGGUACAGGCAGAGGAUCCUACCAGAUCAAAGGCCUGUGUCUGACCCUCAAACAGUUCUUCGCUCUGCUGAUCAAGAGGCUGCAUCACGCCACACGUUCCUGCAAAGACUUCUUCGCCCAGAUCGUGUUACCAGCCAGUUUUGUUUUCGUGGUGCUGACAUUCACUCUGAUCGUUCCACCUUUUGGAGAGUACCCAAGUCUGACCCUCACUCCCUGGAUGUAUGGGAGACAGUACACAUUCUUCAGUAAUGAGCGUCCAAUGGAUGCUCAGAUGAGAUACUUCGGUAAGGUGCUGCUGGACAAACCUGGCUUUGGGACUCGCUGCAUGUUGGAUGAACCACUGGAAGAUUUCCCCUGUAACAACAUCACCACAGAAUGGGAGAUGCCUCUGGUGAACCCCGCCCUGAUAGAAGCACUGGCAGGCCCAGAGUGGAACUCCCUCAGACCAUCUCCAGACUGUCAGUGCAGCACAGCCAGGAAGCUCACCAUGCUGCCUGUGUGCCCUGAAGGAGCUGGAGGCCUGCCACCUCCACAGAGGAUCCAGUCAACAGGAGAUGUCCUCAUGGAUCUAACAGGCAGAAACAUCUCUGACUACCUGGUGAAAACAUACCCCAGCCUCAUCAGAACCAGCCUGAAGAGCAAAUAUUGGGUGAAUGAACAAAGGUAUGGAGGUAUAUCAGUGGGAGGACAGCUUCCUAUUUUAGAGCUGCAGCCAAAGACCGUCCAGACCGUCGCUGCUCAGCUGGGACAACUGCUCAACGUUACUGGGGGCGAAAACAGCAAACAAAUGCUGAAGGACAUCGGGAUAUUCCUCAAGUACAUGGAGACGCAGAACAAUGUUAAGGUGUGGUACAACAAUAAAGGCUGGCAUGCCAUGGUGUCUUUCAUGAACGUGGCCAACAACGCCAUCCUCCGUGCAAACCUGCCCAAGGGUGCUAACCUGGAUGAGUAUGGAAUCACUGCCAUCAACCACCCUCUGAACCUCACCAAAGAGCAGCUGUCUGAGAUCACUGUCUUGACCACCUCAGUGGAUGCAGUGGUGGCCAUCUGUGUCAUCUUUGCCAUGUCAUUCGUCCCAGCCAGCUUUGUCCUCUAUCUCAUUCAAGAGAGGGUCACCCAGGCCAAACAUCUGCAGUUUGUCAGUGGUGUCAGUCCGCUGGUUUACUGGAUGGCCAACUUUCUCUGGGACAUGGUGAAUUACUCCAUCAGUGCUGCGAUGGUGGUGAAAAUUUUCAUGUUUUUUGAUAAGAAGUGCUACACCUCACCGACCAACCUCCAACCACUUAUUGCCCUACUUAUGCUUUACGGCUGGUCUGUUACACCCAUGAUGUACCCCAUGUCAUAUUUAUACAGCAUCCCCAGCACAGCCUAUGUGUCUUUGUCAUGCAUCAACCUCUUCAUUGGCAUCAACAGCAGCGCCAUCACCUUCAUCCUGGAUCUUUUUGAGGGCACCUCAGCUUUAUACAGGUUUAACCAGCUGUUAAAGACCAUUCUGCUCAUCUUCCCCCAUUACUGCCUGGGUCGAGGCCUCAUCGACAUGGCUAUGAACCAGGCUGUGACUGAUAUCUACGCUCGCUUUGGUGAGGACUACAGCCCAAACCCCUAUGACUGGAACUUUGUUGGGAAGAACCUGUUCUGCAUGGCCGUUGAGGGAUUUGUUUAUUUCAUCCUUAACAUUCUCUUCCAGUAUCGCUUCUUCCUGGAUCACUGGAUAUCAGAUUGCCAAAAGCCACCUAUUUUGGAUGAGGAUAUGGAUGUAGCUGAGGAAAGAGAGCGGAUCUGCAAAAAUGGAAAAACAAAUGAUAUUUUAUGCAUAAGGGACCUGUCCAAGACGUACUCAGGAACGAUAAUCCCUGCAGUGAACCGAAUCUGCAUAGGAGUAUCACCUGGAGAGUGUUUUGGUCUACUGGGUGUUAAUGGUGCAGGAAAGACCACCACGUUUAAGAUGUUGACUGGGGACAUUGAUGUCACCUCAGGAGAGGCCUCAGUUGCUGGUCACAGCAUUUUAACCAACAUCCUAGACGUCCACCAGAACAUGGGAUACUGCCCACAGUUUGACGCUAUAGAUGAGCUGCUGACAGGAAGAGAACAUCUACACCUAUACGCCCGCCUCCGUGGAGUCCCAGAGGCUGAGAUCAGCAGGGUAGCAGAGUGGGCCAUCCAGAAGCUGGGUCUGUCAGAGUAUGCAGGCCAAAGUGCUGGGACCUACAGCGGGGGGAACAAGAGGAAACUCUCCACAGCCAUCGCCAUGAUAGGCUGCCCUGCUGUGGUGCUGCUGGAUGAACCUACUACAGGCAUGGACCCUCUCUCCAGACGCUUCCUCUGGAACUCCAUCAUGAGUGUUAUUCAGGAUAGACGAGCUGUGGUCCUCACCUCACACAGUAUGGAAGAAUGUGAGGCUCUGUGUACCCGCUUAGCCAUUAUGGUUAAUGGAUCCUUUAAGUGUUUGGGAACCAUUCAGCAUCUCAAAUACAAAUAUGGUGAUGGCUAUGUGGUGACCAUGAAGAUCAGGGCAGCUAAUCCCGGUUGUGCCCCAGAUCUGAACCUUGCUGAAGCUUUCAUGGAGAGCACCUUCCCUGGCUGCAUUCAGAGGGAGAAACACUACAACACCCUCCAGUACAAGAUCUCCUCCUCUUCCCUGGCUAGGAUCUUUCAGAUGGUCCUGUCUAACAAAGAGAAGCUCAAUAUAGAGGACUACUCAGUGUCACAGACCACUCUUGACCAGGUGUUUGUGAAUUUUGCCAAGCAGCAGUCAAGAGAGGACGACACUAUUGUGUUACAUCCGAAAGCUGCCGGGGCGCAGCGAUAUAUUGAUGCUGUACCCAUUAAGAGUUUGGGGAAGUGAACUUUCCUGAAGGACCUCAACUGGGAGACAGUUGACAGUCUUCAUUUCAGGGGCCGCCGUGUUUGUAGAAUGCGGGCUGAAAACUUAUAGUCAGAACCGCGCCUCGUCAGAUGGUCAAUUUUGGGAUACAGGUCUACAUUUGUCAUCCAGAUGUGGAGGAGCCUUUGGAAUAGGGUAGCCCUUGUUGAUCCAUCAUGUCAUAUUAGGCCUUGAAAUGCAGCCUGUGAACGAGGCAGCCCCUUAAAUGAUACAUUUAAGAUGACUGAUGUCCUGUUUGAUGAUUUGACAUGUGGCAAUACUACACAUGUUCAGCGUUGCUUUUCUGGUAAACAGGGUUAGUGGGCUUUAAAUCUGGAAAGGGUGCAGCAUUUAUGGUAUGUGCCUGCUAUGUUCUGCUCACCUUGUAGGCCUUGCAAGCUUUAGAUUCAUGACAAGGACCAUGACUUUGAGUGAUGAUAUGUUGAAAGAUUACAAUAUCAGCUUGUAAUGGGAGAUUGAUGAUGAAAGCAUUGGUCCAGUGUAUCCGCUUCAGAUGCCAAGUAAGUUUCUCUUUUUUUGCCUUUCUUAGAUUUGACAAAUAAGCACUCUGAGAAGCAUAGUGUUAGCACUUUAUUGAUGCAGCAGUAAUUGAAGCAUCACAUUUUUUUACCCGGAUGAUGGCAAUCUGCUAAAAGAAAAAAAAAAAAAAAUCCGCCAGUGCAAUACAGCUAAUAAUUGUUACAGAAUCCUUUUGCUGCUAUGAAAUUCAUUUCAAUACCAUGUAAUAUUUUUUUUGCCACUAAUGUUGUUUGUCCUUUGCGCUUUAUCAUAUGUGCAAUUCUGUUGAACUGUGUGUACUGUAUUGCACCGGCACCUGAUGACAAAAUGUUAUAAAAGUGAUGUUUCUGAGAGGAGCAUCAUAUCAAAUAAAGUCACAUUUUUUCCUUAUGAUGCCUGACUUGAGAUUACUUACAUUCACUUUUAUAGAAAACAGUGUAGUAAUAAAACCUGAGAUUAGACAGUAAAGGUCAGAGAUCACACUUCUACAGUGUUCUUUUCUCUUUUUUUGAAGAAAACUAUCCAGGCCAUACAGCAGAGAACCUUAGUAUUAAGGUAAUUAAAUGUCUGCUUUGAUCAGCGUUCCUCCUGAGAGCUUACAUAAAAGUGAUGUUGCACUCUUAAACGGAUGCCAUGACAUUUUGAGUGUGUUGGUUUGCUUCCACAGGCACUUAACUGUGAUGGGUAUGGUUUAUUUACGUUCACUUAACCUGAAAACCUAAUUAGUGCUGCAAGCAUUCAUCAUCAAAAGGAAGUAAUACACCAUUUAGCCUAAUAAGCCAUUUGCAUUGACCUCUACUGACUGGUUUGAAUAAGGGUUGCUAAAAUGAUGACAUGCCAUCCUGAAGAAGCCAAAACACCAAAUAAAUCCAAUGAUUAUGUAUAACAAAUGUAAUGUGGCAGCAAUGAAGAUUUAUAAUCUCAUUAAUAAUAUAGUAGAUCACAAAGUCAAAUCAAAUUCCAAGGAAGAAAUUUAAACCCAGUGAUGAAACUGAACAGGCUAUUAAAAUGUUCUCACCAUUUUUUAAGUGCUACAGUAUAUUGCCAUGAAA